AUGGAGAAACCCUUGCAGCUGAUUUAUAACAAGGAUGGGGAGCUGCAGCUUAACCCAGAGGCUCUGAAGGUCCUGCGGUCUAUUGAGGAUCCAAUGGUUGUUGUGGCUGUUGUUGGUGCUGCUCGCACAGGGAAGUCCUACCUCCUGAACUGUCUUGCAGGAAGCAAGAACGGAUUCUCAGUGGAUUCAUCUGUCCAGGCUCACACCAAAGGAAUCUGGAUGUUGUGUCAAUCCCUCCCUCAGAGACCCAAUGAGGUCCUCCUGUUGUUGGACACCGAGGGUUUUGGAGAUCCUGACAAGGGGGACAAACACAAUGACAAUUCCAUCUAUUCACUGGCUAUCCUUCUGAGCAGCAUCCUCAUUUACAAUGGUCAAAGAAACAUAGACCAGCAAUCCCUGCAAGACCUACAUUUUGUGACUGAACUGUCUAAACGGAUCCUGAUAAAGUCCCAGCCCGAUGACUGUAACAGUUGGCAAUAUAUCCGUUUCUUCCCUGAAUUUGUCUGGGUGAUCCGUGAUAUGACACUGGAAAUGAAGAUCGAUGGAAAAGAUAUGACUCCAAAUGAGUACCUGGAGCACAAUCUGAAACUGAAGGACAAUGACAUCAGUGAGCAGGACAAGAAAUACAAUGAACUCCGCAGAUGUAUCCGCAAUAACUUUCCCUCACAUUGCUGCUUUGCAUUUCCCAUUCCCACAUUCCAGAAGAAACUCAAGCAUCUCCAGGAAUUGGAGGACAAGGAUCUGGAUGAGGAUUUUGUUACGGAGCGGCAGAACCUCAUCAAUUACAUUCACACCCACAAGAAACUCAAGAGAGUUCUUGGAGGUCAGCAGGUCACGGGCAGGAGAUUUGUUGAAUUGACCAAGGCAUACGUGGGAAUGAUUGCGGAUGGGGUCCUACCGUGUGUGGAGGGCAGUGUUGCUAAAUUAGUGGAGGUGGAAAACCAAGCAGCAGCAGAUGAAGCCCUGAAAUUCUAUGACAUUGAAAUGAACAAAUUCUCAGAAUCUGGCUGUGUUACUAUGAGCAAACUCAUAGAGAAUCACAAAGCGAGGAGCAUAGAGGCUUUCAGUAUCUUCCACAAAAAAUCUAUGAAUGACAAGAGCUUCAAACACAUCCAACAGCUGGAGGAGAUGAUGAAUUCCACUUACAAGGCUCUCAUGGCCAAGAUCAAGGAAAAGUCAGAAGAGCAAUGUACGGCACAUCUAGCAAAAGAAAUGUCAUCAAUUAAAAAAAACCUGGCAUCUGGACAUUACCAGAGACCUGGUGGUUUCCAGGAGCUGAAGGCAGAACUCGAUAAGGCCAUCAAGCAUUAUGAAGAGAAGACCAAGAAUGAGAUGGAGGGGUUGACUGUCCUCACCCACUUCCUGGAAGACUUAAAACCUCAUUUACAGCAGGUGCAGAAGAUGGACAGCAAGAUGACGGAGAACUAUUCCGCUUUGGAAGAGGAACACUCAAGGGUGAAAAGUGAGAUGGAGAAGAUGGAGCAGGAGAGGAAGGCGGCUGAGAAACACAGAAAGGAGGAGAUCCUGGAGCAGAUCAGGAAAAAGUUUGAGGAGGGUAAAGAGUGCAGUAUGGAGGAGCUGAAGGAAGCCAUGGAGCAUACGAGGAGUGAGAUUGAGAAAUACGGAGCUGAGGGCAGGAUGGAGGAUGCAGAAAGGGCUUGGCAGAUGUAUGACGACCUGGUGAAGAAAUAUGAAGUGACAUCAAAAUGGAGUUUCAUGAAGUUCUUAAGGGAGCAUGCUGCUGAUUUCAGGCUGUGGAUGGAAAUCACAGGCUAA